AUGUGUUCUACCUGCUUUUCCUCUUAUGGCGACACUUCCGUCUCCAGAAUCAUCCAUAAAACAAUAAAAACACAUCUAUCUAUCUAUCUAUCUAUCUAUCUGUUUGCCUUUCUGUCUUUUGGAAUAGCAGACGUGCAGAAACAUUUUAAUAAUUCACAUCAAAUCGACAUAUAUUAUGGGAGAAUUUUCCUUGCACGCGUUUCUAUCUAUCUAUCUAUCUAUCUAGCUAUCUAUCUAAGAAAGUUGAGAGAAAUUCCUGUGAAAGAACGAAACACAAGAAAGAACGGCCAAAAUUCUGCUAAUCACGUGCGAAGGAUUCAACUUUGGCGAUUUUUUCUUUCAUCUUUCUUAUUUUCUUUCUUUUUCUCUUUCUUUUUUCUUUCUUUCUUUAUUUCUUUUUUUAUUUCUUUCUUUUUUAUUUUCUUGCUUUCUUUUUUCUUCCUUUCUUUCUUUUUCUUUCAUCUUUCUUUCUUUCUUACUUUUUUCUUCCUUUCUUUUGCUUUCAUUUUUCUUUCUUUCAUCUUUCUUUUUUUUCUUUCUUCUUUCUCUCUUUCUUUUUCAUUUUUUCUUUCAUUUAAUUCUAUCUAUCUAUCUAUCUAUCUAUCUAUCUAUCUAUCUAUCUAUCUAUCUGUUUGCCUUUCUGUCUUUUCGAAUAGCAGACGUGCAGAAGUCAACAGGACUUAG